CUUAUAUCCGGGAAGACUGCUACACUUACUCUGCACGAGUAGGAAAACCGCGAAUUUCUGAGAUGACAGGGUUGCAUCACUACAUUAAGUGAAUAAAACAGUGCUAUGAUGCGGGUUGCUGCCCUGAUCAUCUCUAGGUUGAACUUCACCAUGAUUCGCUGAUAGGCCAUGACCAAGGACGGAGACUUACCCACCAUAUUCAAUCCACGAGGACGAAAUAGAGCACCAAGUGUCCUGAUCACUGAUGAAGGGGUCGCUAAUGGUCCCUUCGCCCAUGCAGAUUCCAUAACCAGUAGUCAGACCGAACAAGUACCAGAAACUGUCAUUCAACCACCUCCUCCAACCGGCUUACCGGCCAAACUUAAAUCAUGCUCGAGUUCUAUCUGCUCGAAGUCAGCCAGAAAGAUAUAUUUCGGAGUAUGGGUAACAGUUUGUGUUACCGCUUCUUGGGUAGGGGCCACCCAUUGCAUCAAAUAUCUCUACUUGAGAAGACCUAUACUGGACGCAGAUGAUGACCCCAUAUUGGUUCCUCAUGAUACAACUGGAUACAAUAUGACAUCUAUCCAACAGAGAUAUGGCAUUUCUUAUCAAGCACCGUUUUUUACAACUUGGUUCAUAACGAAUUGGACAAUGCUCUUCUUUCCCCUAUUCUUCAUCAGUAGAAUAAGCACAAAACGAUGCGAAUCUAUGUCCGACAUUCUUUCUGAGUGUAUAAGAGAUUUCAGGGACAGAGGAUUCACACUUGGUCGAUUCAUGAUAAGAUGCAUUUUUUUCUGUCUACUCUGGGUAGGAACACACUACAUGUACAUAUUGUCCCUCCGGAUACUGUUGGCCACAGACGUGAUGGCUCUCUUCGCUACAAAUGUUUCCUUUGUCUAUUUGCUCUCGUGGGUAAUACUACACGAGCAAUUUGUUGGAAUAAGGAUUAUGGCUGUGAUAAUUUGCGACACAGGGGUUGCCCUUCUUGCCUACAUGGAUGGGAUUACAGGGAGUCCAACCCUUGGGGGCGUUGUGUUGGCAUCGUCUGCAGCAGCAGGCUCUGCCGUGUACAAAGUUUUAUUUAAAAAGGUCAUAGGCGACGCUACGUAUGGUCAAGUGGCACUUUUCUUCUCCUUGAUCGGUAUGCUCAAUGCUGCGUUCCUAUGGCCACUCAGCUUGUUGCUUUUCUUCACCGGUAUAGAGAGUUUCCAGUACGACAAAUUGCCAUGGGCGGCGUUACUGUGUGCCAGUUGUCUUUCUCUAGUUGCCAAUUUAUUGGGGAACUUCAGUGUUGCCCUUACCUAUGAUUUGUUCAUCACCUUGGGACUUAUAACAGCAGUUCCAGUAUCAGCAGCUCUGGAUGUUGUUCUAUACGGUGCAACUUUCGAAGGCAUGAAACUAGCAGGCAUGAUAUUAAUUGCUAUCGGUUUUUUUCUGGUUAUGUUUCCAGAGAAUUGGCCCGAUUACAUAACUAGACUAUUAAGGAGUAUUAUCAUGUUGAGCCACAGUGCGAGUAAAACACUAGUAGACACCAAGGAUAUUAUAAAGAGCAACAGCAAAACUAACAACCGAAUGUCGUUUGAGAUGGAGCAAGCGGAGCAGGCUUGGGAUGCGGACUGGGUUGCAGAAGGACGAGGUGGACUAUCGUACGGGCUACAUACGUUCACACCUACGCUCUCCUUCAGGUAGAGUCAGAUGACCGAUCAAAUUCAUACUCUCUUGAUCUGUUAAGAUCAUGGUCUUCACCCACACUUCGUGCAAAUUUGUUGCUUGUAGCUGGUACUGCCGACUACCCCACACUCAUUUUCAGAAGUCAUAUCAAAUUGACUUCAGUAAAUUUUCCGAAAUCCAAUACACUCACUGAGUCAAAAAUGAAACACAUACGCACAGGGUGUUAUUAAAGGUGAGCCUGACGGAAAAGGCUCAAGAUACCGAUAUAACAUAUAAACCUAUACCAACCAAUCAAAUUAUAAAUUAUUCACAUAAAUUUUUUAAAACUAUCAGAAUCAGAACCGAAAUCAUGAUUCGAGUUUAAUAAUUGAAUAAACGCAUCAUCUUUCAAAAAAUUCACCCUAAAGUCGAAAAAAUUGUUUUGGUGAAAUGAUUUAUUGUCUCUCACCUUUGGGAACACCUCAUAUAGGCGAUUUUUUCUUGACUAAGAAUGUGCUCUCCUCGAAAUCAACAAAGUACACCAACUUUGAUGACAAUAAUUCUCAACUCUAUUCCGUAUUCUGAAAUCUCGAAAUUCUUAUUAACGUUGUGGAAUAAGAAUCAUUUUAUAUUGUCGGUAUCAUAUCACAAAUUCUGUUGUAUGGUGUGGUGGGUUUUUGAAUAAUCCAAAUGGUGAUAACGAAAAUAAUAAUAUGAGCAUGCAUCUGAAUUAAUUCUUAUUAUUGAAAAUAAUAAUUUUGACCUGUGGCGGAGAUCUAAAAACUUUUCUUAGAGCACGUGUAGCGUGUAUAGAUUAAAUAACGACCUCUAUUGAUGACAGUAGAAGUUGCUAGGUAAUUAGGACUUUACCUAUUCUUCUUAGAAAUUUCUUCAAGUCGUCCACACAGAACAAUAAUACAUUUUUGAAUCAAUGAGUGUAAUAAUGAACGAAAAGUUUCUGAGUAGUCAGAGUGAGUCCUAGAGACUUUAAGGAAAAGAACUAAAUCAUUCACUUUCAUCACGUUGUAUGAAUAAUAAAUGAUCAUAAUACAUUAAUUGUUUUUUUUUUGUAACAAAUCGACUCCACAAAGUUGAAUGAUAAUAAACAAUAACACUAUCCCUUCAGUUCUGAAAUAUUUCGGAUCUAUGGUGGGUUUUUGCAACCUUCCUGAAAAGGUUGACGACGAAAUACCAUUUGCAAAGUCAAUUGGUUCCUUCCUUAGGGUUUAUAGUUCUUGGGAAGCCUCCAUAAACCCACCAUACACCAUACAGAGGGCUUAGGAUACACGUCCGCAAUGGAAAGAAUUUUCCACAGAACACACCCUUGACUUACUUUAUGAAAUUUUCUUAGUCUGACCACACAGCAACCUCGCCAAUAACGCAGAGUAGGCGAUGUCUGAUCCAACUCAAAUUGUAACAAAAGAUCGCAAAGAGCACUUUGAAAAAGAUAACAUUACCUACAUAAUUUAAUUUUUUUUGGAAAUAAUAUACCUAAUCGAUCUAUAGUGUGCGUUUCCUAAGCAUCAUUUAAGUGGACAGAUUAAAGUGGAAAAUUAGUUUGAAUUGCCUUAUUCGAAAUGUAACAUUAGAAUUUUUCAUCUCGAUGGAAUCUUUUAAUCUAGCCUUUCUAAUCCUCCUCUAGAUAUCAUAUACUCCAACAGGUAACCCUCUUUAAGAAAGAAU